GUUAAUUUGAUGGGCAGUUUCUUCGGAAACAUCUUCAUAGUCAUCAUCGUCUACAAGCAUCGAGAUUUACGAAAAACAAUUAACUAUUUCAUCGUCAAUAUGGCUGUGUCAGAUCUGAUCUUCCCUCUGAUUGUAAUCCCUGUCUAUAUCAUUGGAUUGGCCACCGAGUCAUGGCAUUGGCGAGUCAGUGGAAUAUUAGGAUCCAUUUUUUGCAAGUUGUUUCAUUUCUCGAGCGGUGUGACCCUCCAUGUUUCUGCUCAAAGUUUGGUGUGGAUAGCAAUUGAUAGAUUUGUCGCUGUCGUUUUCCCAAUAAAACUUGGUCUUAUUUCACCGAAGAUUCGCACAACAGCCAUCGUUUCUACUUGGAUUUUUGCAGGCUUGUUUAAUUCACCAUCGCUGAUAAUGGCAGAUGUCGUUGUACACGACAAUAAAAACGCGUUUUGCACUAACACACUGACAGGCGACAACCCGGAUGUUUCGGCGGCAAUUUCGUUUGCACCAUUUGCUUUGCUUUUUAUUGCUCCGUUAGUUGUAAUAACCGUUUUGUACACUGCAAUAGCAAUCGCUUUAAGAAGGCAGAAUAGAGCUCUCACUGACAACGCACAAAAUCUACAAAGGCAUUCUGAAAAGAAACGAAGACAAGCUAUUCGAAUGGCUGUUAUCAUCGUGGCGCUGUUUUAUAUUUGCGUUAUUCCAUCGACAUUGUUAUAUUUCGCACCUUACUGGAAUUUAUCUUGUGCCUCUCAAAGACUGUUUUUUAGUCUAGCAAGUCUUGCGUUUUCUUUGUCUUCCAUGGUCAAUCCAAUAAUUUGUCUAUCGUUUGUGGAAAGUUAUCGCCAUGGAUUACGAAACAUCUUAUGUCCUUGCACGAACAUGCCGGACAACAUGACUGCGAAACGCGAACACGUUACUCCACAAGAGAUGGAAAAUCUUUCCGCAGAAAACAUUCGAAGAGUCUUGAAGGACACAGAAACCUACAAAGACACAUUGAAUACAGCUAUGUAGAGAUAUAGUCCUGAGAAGACCCUAAAAGAUACCGCCGCGAUGGAUAAAAAUGCUGACAUGUCUUGUUGAAGUAAUAUAUCAAACACGAAAUAACGUGUUUGACCGCAUUUCCAAACACCUGUUACAGAACAUCUUGCAUGAAUUUGUUACUUUAAUUUGAAAGUGUGAAAUAUCGCUAAAUGACGUGUUUGCUGUGAUUUUGGUCCUGCGCGAGGGUUCUCUACAAGGUUUUUUGUACGGGGAGUUUACGCCACCUUGCUCUUUGAUACUCCAUUUUUUUUUUAGGGAAAAGUUGUCCCUUUCGUACAUCUUUGAUUGAAAAAAGGUGCCCCUUUCACAUGCUUUCAUAACCGGCUCAUAUUGUGAAUAAUCGCGAAAAAAGGAAAUCCGUCUCUUCGAAUUAUUUUAAUUUAAGGCGUUUUUAAAUAACUAAAUGGCAGAUUUUCCUACCCUAUACCUCAACUUGUGAAAUCCCUACCCUUUUAUAAACCUGAAGCCUGAAAAAGGUAGCCCUUUUUGGGCGGAUCCUCCCAGCAUAGGCCAUCAUAGGGAGUAACCCCGGGAUUGGGUUUCGAGUAUCUGGAUUUAGUGAUAGUGGGUGUUACCAUGGUUACCAAAUGUGCCAGAAAAUGAGUUGAGAAAGGACGUCGCCGGCAUGAUCGAAUAAUGACUGGAGACUAGAAUGAUAUUAGAUGCAUGAGAAAUAUAUAAUAUCUUAGUCUAAGGUGUUUUGUGAUCUCCCGAGUAAGGUUCUCUCCUUGUUCUUACUGGCUUAAACCUUUUUAUAAGGUUAUGUGAUUUCUUGAUGCUAUAUAAGUUUUAAGUUUGCCUCUAAGGGGAGACUUGAUGCCUUCCGAGAAUUACUGUGUAAUAACAGUGGUUUAACUUACAGUAUUUUGCUGACGGAUAUGUGGAAACUAUGAUGACUCGACGCUUAUUGAGAGGUGGCCGCUUGAUAGCUAGAGGUUCGACUGUAGUUAAAAAAAAAAAAGGUUUGCAGUGGAAUGCCGGUACAGCAAUGGUUGAGGUUCUUUACAUAAUU